UGGGCACCUCACCCCGGCUCCCCUCCCCCAUGCCCGUUGCCCCGCCCGCCCUGGGCUGGGCGACGGGGUCAGGGGCCGAGCGGAGCUGGACUAAGUUCUCAGCUUCAUGGUGGUCAAAGGAAAGAAAGAAGCAUACCACUUCUCAGGAAAAACACAGCUUUCUUAGAGGAAAUACAGAAUGAGGUAGAGUGAGAUGCUUUUUUAUAUUCUUCCUAACUGGACUUCCUGCUGCUAGAGGCCACAGCCAGCAUCAGAUACCGAUUAACAUCCUUCAGUUACAUUCCAGUUAUCAUUUAGUAUGGAAGAAGAUGAGUUCUUUGGAGAAAAAACAUUCCAGCAUUGUUGUGCAGAGUUCAUUAGACAUUCACAGCAGAUAGGUGAUGGCUGGGAAUGGAGAACUUUGAAGGACUGUUCUGAAGGCUACAUGUGCAAAACACACUUUCAAAUUAAACCCGAGACUCUGAUGUCACAUUCGGGAAUAUCUGCCUGUGUACAGACAUGUCUUCCCAUUGAGGAGGCUUUAGAACUACCCCUGGAUGAUUCUGAAGUGACUGAGACCACAACGGGAAGCCAAGUGAUUAAAUAUGAAUAUCAUGUUUUAUACUCCUGUAGCUACCAAGUGCCUGUGCUUUACUUUAGGGCAAGCUUUUUAGAUGGAAGACCUUUAGCUCUGAAGGACAUAUGGGAAGGAAUCCACAAGUGCUAUAAGACAAGGCUGCUGCAGGAGCCAUGGGACACUAUUACCCAACAGGAGCAUCCAAUACUUGGGCAGCCUUUUUUUGUACUUCAUCCCUGCAAGACGGAUGAAUUCAUGACUCCUGUGUUAAAGAAUUCUCAAAAAAUCAAUAGGAGUGUCAACUACAUCACAUCUUGGCUGAGCGUUGUAGGGCCAGUUGUUGGGCUAAAUCUACCUCUGAGUUAUGCCAGAGCAGCUUCUGAGGAUGAAUGAAAUGUCCAUCAACAAGGUAAAAAGGAAAGCCCACAUUGAGUGGUUUGCUAUGACAAAGACGCUGUUAUCUCUGUUACACUUAGGGUUUUCACUGGCCCCAUCAAAUGUUAAGUCUUCUUUCAUCUUUAAUAGGCUGAACAUGGACUGUUUGUUUAGGUUUUUAGUCAGGCAGGGCCCCAUCGUUUAGGAAGCAUUGGACUUUGCUACAAUAACACUCACCCAAACACAGGAGUGGAUGGCUUUAUUUCAGAAUUGUAAUAAUUCUUUGUUGCUCAGUUAACUUUCUUUUAUUCUCUUGAAUUUUGUUUUGUUUUUGUUCUUAACUUUCUUCUGUUGGGCCAAAGAACUUAGGAAAUUGUAGCAUGAGGGACACCAAAAGUAUACUUGGCCAGCCCCGGUUUUAAUAGGACAAAUACCAUGCAACAUUUCGACUCACCAAGACUUUGACAUGGAUUAUUUUUUCUAUUGGAAGCAAAUGUCUGUAGUAACUGAUACACUGUAUACCUAAUCUGGAAGAAUUUUUGGUUUGGAUUUGCUUGUUUUGUUUUUCAUUUUAACUUGCCCAGGGGUUGAAACUAAGACAAAAUGUAAUUGUCUCUUUAGACAGCCUAGAUCGGUGUCUAUCAAUGAGGAAUGUACUUUAGAAUCACCUGUGGAUCUUUUAUGACUAUGAAUGCUUGGGGCUAUCUUCUGAAACAGCCUCACUGGGGUGGUUCUGACCCACCUGCUUCUGGAGAACCUCCGAUCUGGACGUACCUUUAGUGUGGCAUUUAUUUGUAUUGUUUUGGUCUCCCAGUAGGCCUUUUCCAGUUCUGUAUGAGCUCCAGCAAGCCUGACUUACUUCCUACCAUUUGUCUGGACUUUGCUCCAGGCCUCCUGGUUGUUAAGAACGUCUAGGAGACAUUUGUUCACGAGACAGCCCACUUGGAGGAAGCCAUGGGGUGAGGGGGUUAUCUACUGGCCGAUCACAGUAGACUGUGCCUGCACUUUUAGUCUGUAGGUUCGAGGCUGAGCUCUCACACCGGGAGUGGAAGUAGAGAAUGGGUUAAUUCAAACUGCUAGAAAAGCUAAAAGUAAAUUUUAAAAUGCUGAGCUGCACAUAUUCAUGCUGGGAUGAGAGCCUGCUUACAUGCUUGCUGGGCAUUUUGGUAUUUACCACUUAACAUCUUUUCAACUUCUGCAGGGAUUUUCAUCACCCACCCCCCCCCCCCCAUCCACUCUCCCUAAUGUAAACACAGAUUUCUCAGCAAGUCAUUUCUCAGACCAUGUCAUUUCUGGGGUAAAAAAAACUAAAUAAAUUAUAAUAAUGUGUCAUCUGGAUGAUGUACUCGUUUGGAAAUAUUAGUUAUCCUUUGCUAUCAGAUUCUGAGGGAUAGUAUCAAUCACAUAGGGACAAUGUUUUUGUUGGUGUCAGUGUUGUUUUCAAGUUAAUUUUUUUUGGUCUGCUUGAUGAAGACCUUAAAAUUCAUCAGUGGCAGAAAAUAAUUCUGAAAAGCUCUUGUAGGUUGUAGAGACCACUCCCCCCAGAUAGAUAUCUCUGCUCAGGCAGCUCCAUUUCUUUUCAGAAUAGUUUUUGCUUUAAAAAAACUUAAUUUUUGAUUGAUAAAAAUUUCCAUUUUUAAGAAUGCAGCUACAUAACAGACUGUUAUCCCAACAGUUAUAAAACAUUAGAAAAUAUUUUGUUUUGUCAAAGUAACAGCUCUUUCUCUGCAAUAUGAGGAUUUUUCCUCCGGGUUUCUUCUCCAGUUAAUAUAAUGCAAAACCCCUUCAAUCAGAAAUAGUGCUGGUUAAAGCUACCAAACAGUAUCCUAAACUGCUUUUGUGUAGCCUUGGAACAGUUACUUCACCUCCUUGGUCCUCAGCUAUGUGAUUUGUGAGACCGACUGUAAUUCUUGGUCUGUGAAAUAGAAGUGUUGAAUUCUAGACUGUGAGGUUGGUGAGCUGCCAGCUGUGUGACUUGGGCUAAAUUUCCUAAUCUCCUUUAGGGUUUUGCCAUUUCUAUUUUUAAAAAACCCAUUAACAUCCAUCCUACUCACCUACCAAGAGCAGAAAGGAGAUCAAAAUGCUAAGUCAACCUGAAUGUGCUUCAUAACCAACACAAGAGUAAGGGUGCCACAAGAGUAAGGGUGAUCUGGGAUAAUUAGCCCCAGCUCCUAUCCAGUGUCAGCAUACAUUCUCCCUCCCUCCCUCCCACCUUGUUUCCCAACACAGAUGGGCCCCACCCCCCCCAUCAAGCAAGUCGUCUCCACCCACAUCCUUAUCUGAGUGUUGUUCUUGCUGGUUCCCACCUGGAAAUGCUUCCUUCUCCAUCUCUCUACUCAAUUCUCAACCUAGUCUAUAUAAUUCACUCUUACAAAGCCAUCUCUGACCACCGUAGCUCCCACUGGUCAACCUCUCACUUCAUUACUCACUGCAUUUAGUCAUAGUAGCAUUUAAUUUUCUCCCUUUCACUCUGAUCGCCUCCUUAAUGAUGGAUAAUAAAAUAACUUACCCACUUUCUUUGGUAUGUUAUAAGGUAGCAUGCACAUGAGAGUUGUUGUCUGCCCUUUGUAAGUGAUCCAGGGAAGGCUCUCAGUCUGGGGAUUGGGCCAGCAGCUGUGUUGAUCAUUUGAUACUAUGGCCUACAGACUGGGGGAUAAAAAACCCAAACUAACCAUCUUCCUAACACAGAUGUAUUAAAAUAAAGAUGUAUUAAAGUAAAGGAAGUUAAAACUG